AUCUGUAAGCAGCCGGACUGUUUAUUUUUAGUUAGCGUCCUUAUUUUACCCCUAUUUUUUCUUGUCAAGGACAAAUAACGACUGAGAAACUGCUCUGUAAAGUUUAGCUAUUUGUUUAAACAAAAACGUUUCUACAAGUGGUGGAAACAUCGUCAUUAUGUUAAAGUUCAGCUUCGGGAGGGAGAAAGACAAGGGAUUUAAGCAUAUAGCUCAUGGUUUGAUCCCUGCUGCCUCCAUUGCUCCCAAGGCAGCUGUACCUCGCACCCCUCCCCCACGUAGCCCAAACCCUUCACCUGAGAGACCCAGAUCGGCUCUGGCAGCAGCCAUUUUGUCAUCAUCACUCACUGGACAAACUUGGGCCAUCCCUCCUAUUCGGCCAAGAUCUUUUUCUGAGAUUGACCAGUCAGAAUCCUUCAUAUCUGAACAAAACUUCAACACCACACUUUUCACCAGAGACAGAUGGUCAGAGGAUUUGACAAGCCGGCCACACCUGUCAUCCCCUGAGCAUUCAGAAGGGGAAAUUGAAGACAGGGAAGAGGAAGUGGAGAAUGAAGGGGAUGGGGAGGAACAUGCCAACCAAACUCUGGACAGACAGAGGAAUUUGAUAGUGUCUGAAACUCAGUCCAGUACAGCUCCACAGACUCGGAUGUCUGGCAGAAGACUGCCAUCUCCAGAUCUCACUGAGGGAUCAAGUGGCCAGUCUCCUGAAAUCAGAAGGAACAGAUUAUCCUCUAGGAAGAACACUGACAACUGGAGGGAUGAAGUGCCAUGUAGGUCUACACUUCCUACACCAACCACUGGCCAACCCAGACGUGUCAAAAACCCAAAACAGCCCCCCCACAAGUCUCCAGAGCUCAGCCAAAUGUACAGUGAAGUACACAAGGAGAAGAAAACAAGGAUGGUAGUGGAACAAAACAUACUAGAGGAGAGACUGCAGCACCUGGAGCAGGAGAUCAGUCACAGCAAAGCCUCCGCCAAACAGAAGUCUCCUACAGGCAGCCAGGCAGAACUACAGAAUUUGAGACAACAUGCUCAGGAGCUGGUGGAUGAAAAUGAUGCCCUGAAACUGACAGUUCACCGUCUGAAUGUGGAGCUGAGUCGCUACCAAACCCGAUUCAGACCACUGUCCAAGGAGGAGAGCUCCAAAAUCAGUGGGUUACCAAAGACAGGUUUUUCUCCUCCAUCUCUGCUUGACAUGAAGUAUUUCUGCCCUUUGCUUCUGGCUUAUGAAGACAGGAUGAAAGAGAAGGAUGAACUACUGCAAACGUCUGAGGAGGAGGUGAAGAAGUUGCAUACUCGUGUGGAGGAAGUGGUCAAAGAAAAUGAGAGGCUACAUGGUGAAAUUGCCAGUAUGGGUGUUAUGAGCCAGAAGGAUUGCCAGCAGCUUCAGCAGCAGGCGUAUCUGGUUUUACAGGAGAAUCAGACUCUGAUCGAUCAGCUGCAGGCUCAGCAUGUUAAGGCCAAGGCCAUUCACAGUAAACACCAAUCUGAAGUAACAAAAGUGUCCAAGCAGCUGAUGUUGUUGGAGGCUGAGAAGCAUCGUUUGCAGGAGGACCUUGAAGAGAGCAGAAGGGAGGUACCUAAACAUGUGAAGGAGGUUCAGCUUCUGCAGACCCGCCUGAAGGAUGCCAUCACCUGGGACGAGCACUGCGAAAUUGCAGGGAAACUCAGAAGACAACUGGAGCAGCAGGAGAGCAGGAAUAACAGUGAAAUGGAGAAAUUGCUUCUGAGAGUUUCCAAUCUACAGGAGGAGAAUAAGAGUCUGGCUGUGGACAAAGCCAACCUGACUGCUGAUUUAAAGACAGUGAAGGCUGAGCUGGAGCUCUGCAGACAAGCUAACAGAAAGGCUGAAAGAAAGAUGAGUAUACUGAGGAAGCAGAGGGAAGACUGCGUGUUGAAAGAGGAAAACAUUCGGCAUUACCUGGGAUCAGUCCUUUCUGUAGCAGAGCACAUUUCCAAGGAGCGAGAUCAACUACUGAACAUGGCUGCAGUUCUUCAGCAGGAAAAGCAAGGCUUUGUCAGCAGGAUUGUGAAUGGCACAGUUCGAUUUGGCAAACUACAAGAAGAAGUCAAAGUGUACCGGAGGCAGGCGUCAACCCAACUAGCAGCGUUGGAGGAGGCGGUGGAGGGAAGGACAGCGUCCUACCAGAGGGAGAUCCUCCACCUGCAGAGGCUGCUGAGCGAAAGACGGGAGGCUGAGGAAAAACUGCUGCAGUCCAAACGGGAAGUUGAGGAGGAGCUGGAGGUGGUCUGGCAAGCAGCAACAAGGGAGAACCAAGAGAUGAGGAAGACUCUGAUGGACUCUAAACUGGCUGAAGAUGGCUGGGCUCUUCAUGGCAACGUCUCCCCUGGCUGCUCUGCUCAGGCUUCAAAUGAAAGCCCCACAUCCUCCCACCAUCAGCAUAAACAUGGGCUGGAUUUCUACUGCUGAAGCAACCUGCAGGCAGGACAUUUCUAUGUGUUUCUGACUUUUCUUUUUUGUCUCAGGGCCUUUAAAAGCCUGCCAAGUAAAAUAAAUUCUCAAGUAAGUAGAAGUUGUGUCCUGAAGUUAGUAGUGCCAUCUGCUGGACACUGGUGGUAACAGCAUCAUCGUGAUUUCAGUGUUAUCAGUGAGAGCAGACAGAUAAGAGCUGUGCCAGUGCAUAUUAGUGAGUGUGUCUAAACCUGAAGUCUUAUAAAAAAUAAGACCUGCAAUCCACACACUUAAUUAACAAGUUUAUGACAGGAAAUUUAGCUGUAUGCACAAACUGACCAAAAGUACAUAACUUAUCUAGAGAUGAUAAUUUGAUGGUAUGUCAGUGGAACUUAUUUCUUUCGCUUAUAUUGUUAAAAAAUACAGAAAUAUGAAUAUAGAUCAAUUUUUGACAUGUAUAUAGAUACAUAUUUGUACAUCUUUAGCUUUGUUUUGUAUUAGUUCAAGUAUCAGAAUAUUUUUGGGCCAUUGUUAUUUUUUUGAUUCGUAUAUAUUCCGUUUUGUGUAUUAAAGACUUUUAAUGGUUA